AUGAAGGCUUCCCUCUGGCUCCUGGGAACAGUGUUCCUCCUGAGCUCAGCACACACCCGAGGUCUCAGGAGAUGUCUGAUUGCCAUGGACAUGCGCCAUGUAGGAGAGAGCUUCCAACAAAUCAAAGGAGCCAUCCAAGCUCAGGACACCUUCCAAAAUGUCACCAUCCUGUCCGCAUCGGGGACCCUGCACAGCAUCAAGCCCUUAGAUGUGUGCUGUGUGACCAAGAACCUCCUGGCGUUUUACAUGAACAGGGUGUUCAAAGACCAUCAGGAGCUGAACCCUCAGAUCUUGAGAAAAAUCAGCAGCAUCGCCAACUCUUUCCUCUACAUGCAGAAGGUUCUGCAGCAAUGCCAGGAGCAGAGGCUGUGCCACUGCGGGGAGGAAGCCGCCAAUGCAACCAGAAUCGUCCAUGACAACUACAAUCAGCUGGAGGUCAGAUCUGCUGCCCUCAAGUCUCUGGGAGAGCUGGAUGUCUUCCUGGCCUGGAUCGACAGGAAUCAUCAAGGAACUCCUGCCUCCUGA